AUGCUGGAAGAUAACUUCCUCAACAACUCCGCCAGAUCUCUCUAUUCCUACGUUCUCAUGCCUGGCGAAAAAUCGCUUGGACUGCUGGCAUGGCUGCCGGCUUAUGUGACCAGUGCUGUGCAGCGAUCAGAGAUGCUGGUUGUGAUUGCUCUGCGGGAGUCGAUCGUGUUUCUCGCUCUCGUCGCCCUCUUCGCUGUCACACCCCACGUCUGUCGAGCUCUCAACUGGCUGUGGGCCUCCAUCAUCAUGCGGGGCAAUGGAGUCACAGAGGAGUGCUUCCAGGACUCUGUGUUUGGAGCUCUCGUGCUUCCCUUGCAGUUCGUCGCUGCAGCUUUCUUCCUCACCAGACACAUGCGCCUCCUCUUGCCGCUAGCAAAGCUCCACCUGAGCCCCUUCCUCCUGCGGAGGUUCAGAAUGGUUUCAGUGGUGGUGGCGGUGACGUGCUUUGCGGUGGGGUGGAAGGACAGAGUGAUGCGAAUGGUGCUGCAGAGGCACCCAGCGGAAAGGCCCAUUGUGCUCAACGUCAGUCGUUUCCUCUCGCUGCUCAUCCACCUGGCGGGUGUGGGCACGGUGCUUGACCUCUUCGGUGUCUCGCUCUUCUCCCUGGUGGCUGUGGGCGGCAUCUCAGGUGUCGCCAUGGGAUUCGCCUCCAAGGAAAUAGUCGCGAAUUUCUUUGGCGGGCUAGUGCUGGUGAUUUCACAGCCAUUCGUGGUGGGGGAGAGCAUUCAAGCAGGGGCCAUAUCGGGGCGCGUGGAGGAGAUUGGGUUUCUUCACACCAAACUGGCUGGAGCAAACAAGGCGCCAGUGGUGGUGCCAAAUCAGAUCUUCAACACUGCAGUGAUCACCAACUUCUCCCGAGCCCAGUGCUAUCCCUUAGCAGUCACAUUCGAGCUCCAAAUAGAGGAUAUCGAGCGAGUGCAAAGCAUCACGUCCCGCAUCACCCGCAUGCUGAGGUCGCAUGCUGACGUGGACCAAUCACAGGGCCCCGCGCACGCAGUGCUGAAGGAUCUCAGCGGGGCGAGCCUGCAUGUGGGCAUGUUGGCUUCGCUGAACCCCCAGGAAGGUAGGAAGAUGGUGGAUGUCAAGCAAGAAAUUCUUGAAAGAGCAGCCCUUCGAAUGUUGACUCACCAACGUACCCUAAACCUGUUGCCCCCUGCAGGCAAUUCCACUCAACCUCCCGCAACCACCGGCGCGCACCAGUUCCCCGCGCCUACCAUUCCGCCGUAUACGCCGUCCCCCUUGUCGCCCUACCGCCAAUGCCAUUCUGAGCCUAUCCGCGGAGCGACUCCCCACCAUUUUUCCGCCGUCGUACCCGUCAACCCUUCCCCCCCGCCUGCUCAGGUCCCCGGAAGCCCAUCCACUCCACCCCCCGCCUCCUCCUUUCCCCCCUCCCCUUCCGCCAACCCUAAUAAUGGCUCCGCCGCCUCCCCUUCCGCCAGCCCCAGUCUUCGCGCAAAGGCCUUUUACGACUCCGCAUAUCAUGCUUCCGCUUCCGCCACUACUUCAUCAGCGGAACCGCUUCCCCCCGCCAUAAUCUCCGCGGGGUCUUCCGCCAGCCAGUCCGCGGGCAGCUCCGCGGGGUCUUCCCGCGGGGGAAACUCUUCCGCUUCCCCCUCCGCCCUCCCUGUGCUCCGCGAGUUCAGCUUCGCGGAUCUGCACAUGGCGACGGGGGGGUUUGCGCGCGCCAUAGGGGAGGGGGGGUUCGGAAAGGUGUACCAAGGGCGGAUGGUGCUGCCUGCGGGCGGAAGCAGCGGCAUUGGCGGAAGCAGCGCCGCUGGCGGGAGUUACGCCAUUGGCGGAAGCAGCAGAGCUGUUAUGGGCGCUAUGAGGGACAAUGACGUGGCAGUGAAAGUGAUGAAUGGAAAGAGUGCUACUCGUGACUUGACGAGCUUCAAGGCUGAGGUGGAAGCCAUGUCAGCAGUGAAUCAUCCCAACAUUCUAAGGCUGGAAGGCGUGGCGCUAAACACAUCCCAGGGGCCGAUGCUUGUGUAUGAGCUCAUCCCAGGAGGCGAUGUCAGGAACUUGCUCAAACAAGUCCACAAAAGUGGUCUUUACUUCUCAUGGAGGCAUCGCAUGAAGGUGGCACUAGGCUGUGCCGAGGCGCUAGCUGCCAUUCACGAGCACAAGUUCGUUCACCGCGAUUUCAAGUCGUCGAAUGUGCUUCUGCGAGAGGAUUUCACUCCAGUGGUAGCUGACUUUGGAUUGGCUCGCACAAUAGAGGACUGGAAAACACACGUGUCAACAAAAGUGGUUGGCUCGAUGGGCUACAUCGACCCGAUCUAUCUCCAGACGGGCCAACUAUGCCAGAAAUCUGACACGUUUGCGUUUGGCGUGUUUCUAUUGGAGAUCCGCCUGAACCUUCCUUGA